AUGCAAAAUAAAAAUAAGUGCAUUGAUUUAAAGAAAUAUUUAAUUCUUUCACAAAAUGGUAUAUUAACAGAUGGACUUUUACAAGUUCAAGCUAAAAAAUUUGCAGAGUUAUUAAAUAUAUCAGAAGUUGAUUUUAAGGCAAGUCAAGAAUGGGUAGAUAGGUUCAAAAAAUGGAAUGAAAUUCAAAAAUUUAAGAUUCAUGAAGAAUCAGAAAGUGUGCCUACUGAGAACUUUGCUAACCAAAGACAAAAGUUGGUUGAAUUACUUUUACAAUAUAAAUCCAAGAAUGUUUAUAAUACUGAUAAAACUAGUCUCUAUUAUAGAAUGAUGCCUGAUCAAAUGCUUGCAACAAAAGCAAUGCAAUCAGAUGAUAUUAAAGAUGAUAUUGAAGCUAAAGUUAAAAAUCUUAUUUUCAAGAUCCUUUCCAAUUAUAUAUGUAUUAUAUCUGCUAAUGAUUAUAUCUAUAUUGAUAAUAAUCUUAAAGUUGAAGAGACUGUUCUAGACAAACUUGCUAUUAUUAAUGAGGUUCUUCAUCAGUCCAAUUCCAGUAGUAGUGAUAACAAAAGUAAUAUUAAAAUUAAAAAAAUUACUUAUUCAGCUGCUUUAGAAAAAUGCAGUUCAUUAAUUCAGUAUAUAGAACAACAAGAACUAUGA